UGUCACAAACGUCAAGUAGAUUUAUUUUCGCGGCAAUAUUCUGUGCAAUAUUUUGGGAAAAUUUAUAAAAUGGAUCGGAAAAAGCUUAGUGUCGAAGAAGAAGAAGCAUUUCGAAAAUUUAUCGUCGUAGAUGAAGAUGAUGCAGCAAAAGUCAGACCAGUGAGACAACCGAAUACCAAACCACAUCAAAUGAAUCGAAUUAUAAAGUUUGCUGAAGAACUGGCUGGAAAGAAUUUGACUAAAGAAGAGUGCUCUUCUUGUUGGGAUACGUUGGCUACCGAACUGAAUAAGACUGGACCGCCGGCACACACUGCUUUGGAGUGGCGACGAAUAUGGACAGCUCACAAAUCGAACGAAAAAUAUAAGGCAAAGCGUGUCAAAUCUGACUCAAUCGAAGUGGUGUCGGAGGAGAAUAUCAGUGUAUUUAAUGACGAGCAAUCGCAACCCGUCGAUAUGGGUCAAAGGUCAAAUGCUGCACGAUGCGACGAUAAUAGAGGUUCCAACAAUGCCGAAGAGUUCGAUGAUCAGACCACUGCCGCAGGAUCUGAUAUUUGUAGUAUAAUCUUGGAGAAAACGAAUGUCUUAAUAGACAAACAAAAUGAAUUGAUAAAUUUGGUAUCGGACCUCAUUCAGUGGCUGAAGAUAAACCUUUGCACCGAUGCUAUCAACAGAAACGAUAACCGAUAGUCGAUCUGAGAAAGUGAUAAAAACAAUUUGUGGCAAAACAAUUUAUGUGUUCUCUAUUUUGUACAUAUAUAUGUAGUCGUAGCCAAAUUAAAAAAAAAAAUGCUGGAAAGCAUUUGCAUUUCGUGCAAUCUAAUUAAUAAAUAAUAAUUUGC